GUAUAUAUAGCUGUGGUUUUGUGAUUGAUCAUUUCGAACAAUGCAAGCACGCGGCAAUUAUUUUUUCAUAUUGAUUCAAAUUGUAAAAUAACGCAAGUGUUGAUUCAUUUUUAUACACAUGUACUUAAAACAUUUUAACAUUAGAUCUGCCUAUCUUAAAUGGAUUAUUGACUUGCAUGACUGGAAUAUAAUUGUUGAUUCUAUUGCAUUUGGGAUUUCACAAAUUUUUUUCUUUUAAAAAAUGUAGAGAUGACUAUCAAUUUCUCAUGAGAGUGGAUAAUAGGAAUACAAAAAAAAAAAUGUAGUUUGCGAAUAGGGCAUUCUGUUUGCAUAAUAUAAAACAUAUUGAUAAAACCGCGCACACCAACGUCAUUGUAUGAGAUUACAAUAAUAUUUAAUAAUAAUUUCAUAACUUGAGCAAUAGAAAGUUCAAUAGAUAUAACAGAGGAAGAAUGAACACUUUGUAAAAAAUAAUAAAGGUAACUAUAAACUGUAAACAAAUACCUCUCAGCGCAUUCAAUUAUGUAAUUAAACUGUUCUUUCAAUGUUCAACGCAACUUGGACUGAAUUUUUCUACAAAAAGAGAGCCACUCUUAGUGAGAACGUAGAAAGUUGAACGGAAUACGUUGCGACUUAAAGAAAUAGACAGAUAAUGGCGGAUGAGUUUGAGUCUCAGUCUUGGAAAGAUCGUUGUGACAGAUAUUUUUCUUCCAUUUCGGAUACUGGAAAAGACCGUGAUCAAGAAAAACACGCCAAGAACGACUCGGAAAAUACGCGUGAAAGACGUGUAAUGAAAAAUGGAUUGCUAGACGAUAACGAUAAAGAAUGGAGAGAUCUUUCUGAAGUAAGAAAUGUUUUCUCUGAAUACUGGCUUUUACGCAGCGCCCGAAGGGUCAUGUCUAUGUUGGAUAUACAUGGAGCAAGGGUUGCAAGCAAAACAACAGGAACUGUGGGGUUUAUAAUUUGGAUGAUUAUUGUUGUAAUAUCUGUUUUAACAUUCGGGUCUUUGUUAUAUUUCAUUCUAAGAGACUAUUCAGAUGAACCGUCCACGUUUCGCAUUAAUAGUAUAAGGCAAUCUAAAGGAUUAAUUUCCGAUGACAUUUCAUUGACGGUGUGUAAUUUAAAUGUAAUUAAAAAGUCUCAACUUGUCAACAGUGGAUUAAACGAUCUGGAUGACUUAAUAAAUGGUAAAAAUAUAAUUGUUACAAGAGAAGAAACAAAUACUGUCAGAGAAGAGCUAGAAACAAAUAAAAAACUGAAAGCGUUUUUAUUAACAAGAAAUACAGACACAUUUUCUGAAUUUGUUGCAAGCACUGAAAAUGACAUUGUAGUACAAGAACUUACUAGAUCUUCAAACUUAUCUCUGUUGCAUCGAUUAAGUCAAUAUGGAAAACCGGGGCUGUUAAAAGAAGUUGUUCAGCUAUCUAAGGCCGAUGUAGAAAAAAUGGGUCAUGCCACGAACGAGACGUUAGUUAAAUGCUGGAAAGAUAACAGACAGUGUCAACCUAUGGACAUUCAAACCAAGACAGAUCCUGAUUAUGGCAACUGCAUUGCAAUGUCUACACUGAAAAACACAAGAACUGUGGAACUUGUACUGAAUGUCCAGUCAGAAGAGUAUAUUGAAUAUUUAUCACCAUCUGCAGAGUUCAUAGUCUCUCUAGGCCACGGUUCGGACAUUUUACAAAAUCAAGUCGUACAGAUUUCUCCAGGAUUCCACUCCACUGUAUCUGUAAAUAAGCUUACAUCACUUAAACGAUUGGACAGAUCAUGUAGCACUUCGGGUGUCAGCAAAAAGAUAUGUGAAAGAAAUUGCUUAAAAGACCACUUGGUUAGGCUUUGUGGUUGCAGCAUAGGUGGAGAGGAUAUGAGUCUCAACAUUUGUAAAAUGAAUCAAGCAUCCGACUAUAUAUGCGUAAAAUCUCUACAACGUUUGCAGUUUCUAGGGAAUUUACCGUGCCAGUGUCGAGAGAGAUGCAGUGAAAAGAAAUUAGAUUUACAAAUGUCUGCAAUUGGUUGGCCAUCGGAACAAUAUACAGAAAAGUAUGGCCAGCAGAAUGUUACCAAGGGCUACAUAAGAGAAAACAUUGCAUUACUGACGAUACAUCUAAGUCCGAUGUUUACAGAAGAAAUUGAAGAAUACGAGCCUUUCGAGAUUAUGGAUAUAUUUGUUAGAAUAGGAGGGCUGUCAGCUUUUGUUGCUGGGGUUUCUGUUGUCACCGUUCUCGAAAUAUUGUACAUGGUACUACAGAGUGUUGUCCAGUUUGUGCGUUAUAUCAGAAAAAGGUCGAGCAGUGUUGCAUCUCCAAGGAGGUUGAGUGACUCAGAAAUCACGUCGAUAACAUGGGCGAUGUACCGGCAAAGGCGGCGGCUUGAAGAAGUUAACAAGACGAAGGAAGAUAAAACUGCAAACAAUGCUGGUGUUAACGCAUUAGGCGGCAAUGUGCAAGCACGUAUCUUGAAGAGAAGUAGCUAUGCUGCUGCCGAAACAAGGGAGCUAAAUAACGAACACGUCACUGCAAGUAACGACAACCCAUCUCGCCAUAAUGGAUACUCCAGAAGAUAUGAUGGAAAGAAUCCCUUUUAUCAGUCAAGAACAAGAGAAAUUUAUGCAAAAGACUCUGAUUCACAUAAAAUUGAUAAUAGAUACAGUACUAAUGGCGGGAAUUACACGGUGAAUGUUAUUCGUCCCCCUCGUCAAAAUGAUUACAUAUAUGACAAUCGUCAUGAACCUGUAUACACGGGAAAUGUUUUGCACCCAAAUGGGGUUAAAUACAAAGAUAGAAAUACUGCAGAAAAGCACCACCCAGAGAACGUGUUCCUUUACAAUGGUGCUGUGGCGUACUUCAGUCCUAAUGUGUCUGAACCAGUUUAUCUAUAGCUCAUUCAGAACCGUUGUACAAUUCCAAAGUGUAUUUUUUUUAAAUAUGAAGCUGAUAUAGGUAUAAUAUAAUUUUAAAGUUUUGCAUAAGACCCUGGUUUCAAUUGAAAUGUUAAGUUAGCCUGGUUACGUGGUUUUCUUUGCUUUAUAUGCAAUUAUAGUAAAAUCUCUAGGAAGAUCUCAUUGAAGAUGUUAUAAUGAGUCAGGUAAAAUAUGUAUGUUGGCCCCCACACAAUGUCAAAAAGUAGAGCCAGUUGUAUAAUUUAACUUUAUACGAUAGUAAUGUAAAUUUGUUUUCAGAUGUAACUCACAUGGAUCAAUUAUUUUUACAAUUACAAGAAAAAAGAAUUUUAGAAUUUUAGAAAAUGAUUCAAUGUUCUAUUCGUUUUGCACAUAGACGAUUAAAAGCAAACAGGUC